AUGCUGGGUGAAGGAGGCUUCGGGACAGUCCGUGCGGGAAUCCGUAAUGCUGAUGGCAAACAGGUUGCACUGAAAUAUGUGGAGAAAAAACCAGAAGAUAAAUUCAUCACCAUUCCUGGAGAAACAAGCAGCCUUCCCCUGGAAGUUGCACUAAUGAAAAAGGUCUCCAAGCCGCUUCCUUGCGACAAUGUGCUGGAGUUGAUUGAAUGGUUCGAGAUGUCCGAUUGCUACAUCUUGGUCCUGGAGCGACCCAGCCCAUGCAUGGACCUCCAGCAGUUCCUUAAACAUCACGACGGCAGAUUGUCAGAAGCACUGGCUCAGAAAAUCAUGAGCCAGGUGGUUAAAGCCGCUCGUCACUGUUGUCAAGCCGGUGUUUUCCAUGGUGACAUCAAGGCGGAGAACCUUCUCAUCAACCCUGACACGCUGGAUGUGAAGUUAAUCGACUUUGGCUGUGGAGCUCUGCUCUCUGACACGCCCUACACAGAAUAUGAAGGAACUUGGAGUAUCUCUCCACCUGAGUGGGUGUGCGAUGGAGAGUAUUUCGGAUAUCCUGCCACCAUUUGGAGUCUGGGAGUUCUCCUUUUUUACCUGGUCUGCGGACACAUGCCCUUCCAUAAUGAGGACGACAUCUUUUACAGGAAGAUGUACUUCGCUCCCGGCGUGUCUGAAGUAAGCCUUGCCAUUAUGCUGUCUCAUAUCCUUCCCGCCAAUGCUCUUCACUACCAUAGACCAAGUCACACUGCCCUAACAGCCUACCACUGUCCUGUCACACUCAGUCAGCCUGCCGUGCUAUCUUCCGAAGAAGUCCCAGGGGUGCUCUGUGACACUGUCGCCAGUAUCGGCUGUCUUGCCUGGCUAUUGAGCUUACUGGUUUCCUGGAACACCUAUCUGACACCUCCAUCCCCGAGUCCUCUCACCUUACUCACCAUAUCACAGCGUCAAACACCGUACUCGCGUCCGUCUCUGAGGAACAGAAACCAAGUCCGGGACAUUGCAUAA